CCCUUAUCCCUCCCAUCAGAACUCCCCUAAGUCCCCUCGUCGACUGAGCUUCAGCGGUAUCUUCCGGUCGUCCGGUUCUCCCUCUUCGAGCAUCAAACUCUUUUCCAGAACCAGGAGAGGUAAGUAGAAAUGCAAACACUGCACUGCCUGCAACCUGCUUGUUGCACUGCAGUGUUCAUGAAUCCAUUGUUGGAAUCUUUGUUUUAAUAGUUUUAAGCAUGCAUGCAAAAAACUUGUGCAAAUAUUUGAAGUCCUCUUUUAAAGCAGAGUUCUAAGAGGAAGACGCUUGUAAAGGAAGUAAGACACAAUAGAUGAAACUGUCAUUUCAAAGAUUAUUUGGUUUUCCUGCUGUACGUAGAUGAGGUAAAGCCCCCACACAGGAACCAAGGCGUCUGCAUUUUCAGUUCAUCAGUUCAGAUAUCAGAUAUCUGACAAUGUCGGUUCACCUCAGGACAAAGUUCAAUCAGGUGAGGUGCAGAGAACAAUAUUUAUUUUGUCACACCAGAGAACGGCACACAAAACAGUGCGCUCCUUUUGAUACCCGACUGGUUUCAGAGAACCUUUAAUUCUCACAAUUGCAGAUCUAGUCUCUCUCCUAUAGAUAAAUAAGAAAUAAACCAAAAUAACAAGAAAUUUAAAAAGAAAAACACCUGUAUAAAUUAGACACUCAUUCACCGAACCACUCCCACUACCUCUCCCUGUAUCUCCUUUUAUCAGCUUCCAUAUUUUGUAGCAAUAAGGAAGUGGAGUUUUUGGUUUUCUCUGAGUAGAAAGAGAAAAAGUAACUUCUUUGUUUUGUGCCGCUCUGCAGCCAACAAGGUCACGAGUUUUGUCAGACAGAUGGCCGUCGCUUGAGCGCAGACAGACAUUCUUCAUAAUCUCCUCUCAGAUGUUAACAACUUUCUCUAGGAAAAGGAAAUGGUUGGCUUUGUUUAUUAUCAGAAUUAAGUUAUCAUCUCUCUCUCCCCCCCCACCAGCAUUAAGCCGUGCAGGCAGUUUGUUAUUAGGUUUCAAGCUCGGCAUCCUUGGAGUUUGGAGUCCAGCCACAGUACGCGCAUUAAAAAACUCACGAGCUGCAUAAUGGUAAUACUGGUAUGCACAAAUUAGUAGAAAUGAGACUGGGCAGAACAAGGUCUCAUUUUAUGAAGACCAGAUUUAACUGGCACGUCUUCAGCUCUCGUGUCUCCAUUUUUUUUGGUAGUUGGUCAUUACAUAAAUUAAAAAAACCAACAAAAAACCCACCCUGCCUACAUGGAAACAGCCCUGCUGGAAGCAAGCAUCAAACAGCUAAAAGGAUGAGUCAUUGAUUUUUUGGCUUGUGCAAGUACCCAUUCUUCUCUGUUUCCUCGCAAAGGGUCAGUUUGGCAGAGCUGCUGGAAUAGCUCUGUUAGAGCCCAGACUGUAAAAGCCAGUGUGCUCCGUUUCCUCUGGAGAUUGUUAUGGAUAGUAACGGGGACCAAAACACACCCCAGCUGCUCCAUCCCUCCCAUCCCAGUUGCUGGUGAUUAGUAGUGUAAGAUGUGGUCUGAGGCAAAGCACGCUUCCUGCUCACUAAUGAUGUGGCUUUAGAUUAUUGGUGACUAAUAGCGACAGAGUAUUUAUAACUAAAUAUAAAGUCACUGAGUGGGCACUUGAUCUGUUCACUUUUUUUUUUUGAGUCAGAUGUUUUUGUAGUAACCCCAGUUUUGCCACAAGGGUGCACUGAAGGCCUAGUUUGUCUUGAUUUGACUUUCAAACUAGUUCUAAUGAACCUUUGUGGUCACCUCUUUUAUUAACAUAUUUGCAAGGAAACGAGUAUUUUUGCAGACGUUUGUGUGGUCUCGAUCAUUUACAUAUAUCAUUCAUCAGGAUCCAGGUUUUCAUGUUUAGGUGCACUUGCUGCAAAUAUGACUAGAAUGCUUCCUCUUUCCCCGCUGGUCUAAAUAUGUGUUUUCACGUCGCCUGGACAUUGUCAGUCUCUCGCUGCUCAAGGCAAGUGUAGCGCUUUCAUAACCUUAUCUGGAAGUGACCAGACUCUCAGGAGCUCCUCACACAGCCAUGCAGAGGUUUUUUUUUUCCACCCCUCUCACUCUCUCUGUUGCUACUGUGGGCUGCUUGUUGUCGGUAAAUAAAGGAAGUAGGGAGUUUCUAAAUUCAUAAAAUGCAGGCCUUACAAGGGCACAGUGACUUUAUAAAGUCACAGAUGAGAUCAAAGGACUUUAAGUGCUUUAUGGCUUUCACACUUAACUAGCUUCAAACUGGAUUGAAAUGAGUGAUUUUCUCUCGGUUUCUCAGUGGAAUGACAGCUUUAGUGGCUUUAUUCAGUGGCUGUUAGGUGAUAAUCACUGAUAUCUGAAAUUCAUAUCAGCCAUUGACCCACUGAGCAGAUUGGAACACUUGCAUAACAUGUUAAUUGAGAUCUGUGCUGGGCAUGCUUCAGCUAAUGUGGGCAGCAAAGAGGCGGCCAUCUGUUAAGGGUAGGAGAGGGUAUUGAAUGGAAGCUUUCUGAUCAGCUGACAGAACAUGGGAUGUCCCCCUGCUGUCAUCUGAUGGGGGCAGGCCUCAGCAAUCUUAAAUGUCAGGCACCCGAAAAUUACAACUGCCUCCACAAAUGCCAGUGGUGCGUAUCCUCCAGCUCUUUGGUGAUGUCGAACUGCAGAUUUAGAAGAAUUUUAAAUGAAGGAGACGUUUAUGCAAGGGAACCUUGAUGUUGCGUUAUCCCCACUCUCUGUUACAUUGUGUUAAGACGGAGUGAAACAGAUGUUCCUGUGCUGAAUUUACUCUGCGAGCAGAGGGAGGGCAGUGGCAGACAGGAGGCGGGGAGAUGUGCAGCUUGAGCCAAUCGGUGGGGUUUCCUUUCCAGACUGGCCUCCUUUUACAGGCUGCUGACACCAGUGCUAUAUUAAAGUAACAUCACCCACAGCUGCACCUGACAAGUCACAGCACUGACACUCCUGAGAGCAGGGGGAAAUGCGCUGAAGUCUGGCCACACUUGCAAUUUGCAUCACUCGCAAAUGGGAACAUUUCUUUGCUGAGGCUCGGUGGAAUUCACAGCUUUUCUACUCUCUUCUAUCGAGUGUUAGACCUGCUUGCUGCUGGCUCUGUGGUUUGUAGAGUAGCUUGUACUCAGCACCCGCUGUGAUUGUCUGUUUCUGUUCAGAACUAGAGAGGUACCUCCAAAAAAACAAAUGCAAUGUGGAACUUGACAGAACAGCUGAGGUUUGUUUUUCUCGCAUAGUUAUAUUUUUUACCCUCUCACUGAAGGCAUCCAGCUUCCAGAGGACCAACUCCUCCCUAAAAGACACCUUUAAACACAGGCGGCUGGAUUUUUUUUUUUUUUUGUUUAACCUUUACGAUUUUGUUUAUCUAGCAAAUGGAGUGACUCUUACCUGGGGCAGUUUAUGGGGCUCUUUUUGUGAUGCGGAUGGUCAUGGUCAAAUUUAGCUUAGAGCCCACCACCCACUGUGUUCCAUGAAGAGGUUUGGCAGCUUGAGGAGAAGCAAGAAACGGAAGGAGCAAGAUGGGCUAGGCGGGAGGCAUCAGUCCGAGGCGUCCUACCUGUCUGCCUCUGGACUCUCUACACCACCCCACACCCCAACCCAGGCAUCCAGCCAACCAGUGUUCACCCAGGAGGCCCAGCAGAGCGGCCCCAGCCCUGAACGCCCGGAGCAAAGCUCUCGCUCUCGUUCCCUUUCCACACCUCCCGACACAGGACAGCGCCUCAGCCUUCCUUCUGCUAAACCCCCAAUCCCUUCAUCGAGCCCCGUGCCACCUUAUUCUACCUCACAACAAGUCUACAGUUUAUUCGAAGGCAUGCUGGAGAAACUUGAUCUAGACGAUGAUGCUGCUGAACCCGAGAGUGAUAUUUACAUGCGCUUUAUGAAAUCCCACAAGUGCUAUGACAUCGUCCCCACAAGCUCCAAGUUGGUUGUGUUUGACACAGCACUCCAAGUUAAGAAAGCCUUUUUUGCCUUGGUAGCCAACGGUGUGCGGGCUGCUCCACUAUGGGACACAGAGAAGCAAAGCUUUGUGGGAAUGCUGACAAUCACAGAUUUCAUCAUCAUACUACACAGAUACUAUAAGUCACCGAUGGUGCAAAUUUAUGAACUAGAGGAACAUAAGCUCGAGACGUGGAGAGAGGUUUACCUUCAAGCAACAUUCAAACCUCUGGUGAACAUAUCGCCAGAUGCAAGCCUAUUUGACGCCGUCUACACUCUCAUCAAAAACAAAAUUCACCGGCUGCCUGUCAUCGACCCCGUUACAGGGAAUGCACUUUAUAUUCUCACACACAAGAGGAUCCUCAAGUUCCUCCAGCUCUUUAUGUGUGAGAUGCCAAAGCCAGCUUUUAUGAAACAGACUCUUGGCGAGCUGGGCAUCGGAACAUACCACGACAUUGCUUUCAUCCACCCAGACACACCCAUCAUCAAAGCACUCAACAUCUUUGUGGAGCGGCGAGUGUCUGCUUUGCCUGUGGUGGAUGACUCCGGCAAAGUUGUGGAUAUUUACUCCAAGUUUGAUGUGAUUAACUUGGCUGCUGAGAAGACGUACAACAAUCUGGACAUUUCAGUGACCCAGGCUCUGAAACAUCGCUCUCAGUACUUCGAAGGAGUUAUGAAGUGCCAUAAAAUGGAAACGAUGGAGACCAUUGUGGACAGAAUAGUCAAAGCUGAAGUGCAUCGGUUGGUGGUGGUGGAUGAGCGCUCCAGUAUCGAGGGCAUCGUUUCCCUGUCAGACAUCCUUCAGGCGCUGGUGCUCAGUCCUGCAGGUAUAGAUGCUCAGCAUUGCUAGCGUCAACUCCCCCUCUGCCCUGGACCUUGAGCUCUCUCUCCCCACCUGCCCUCUAACCCUGCCAGAGGUAGGAAACAUGCCUGUUUGGCUUGCAGCUGGCUAUCACCUGUAGCUGGCUAUGAAGAGGCAUGGUGGCCAUUUGUCCGGUGUCCUGUUUGUCCUGCUGGCUGCAGCAUUGUGCAGCAGUGUUGUGUGGAUUUUUGUGUUUGGACAGAAUGCAUAGACGAAAAAACUUGCAGCCGGUUCUUGAGCAAAAUUAAAAGUAAAUGAGAGUUUGGUGGUUUUCAGUAUACAGUGGCUUUUGUUUAGAAACAAGGAAUAAUGUGUAAGUAGGAUAAAAGGAACCUCUGUUAACAAGGAUGAGUCCACGUUAGUAUCGCACUGGAAUUCAUCGUACAUGUGCGGUACUUAAGUUUUGCAAAGGGCUUUCCACUGCGGUCCAAAUGUUUGCUCCCUCCAGACACUUUAAUGAACUAUGUAUGCUCUGCUUUGCUGAUAUUUGGCUUGUUUGGCCUGCAGCAAGCUCUACAUUUAGUAUUGAUGUGCUUGAAAGAAACUAACAUGCUUGCACAGUUAUUAUUUAAUUUUUUGUGUGUGGUUUGUUCAGAUUAUAACCCCAUCAGAUAAGAGAUGGUGCAAAGUACUUGAAAGAAAACGCAGCACACAGGCCUUUGUCACCUCAUGAAUUCUGUUUUUUAACCCAGCUCUUAUUGACGUCUCUCAAGCCGUUUCGGGUUCUUCCUGAGUCUAAACAAAGUCUAGCGGGGCAGUUGUGGAGAGUUUUAAGGAGAAUAAAAAAUGUUGUUUUGAUAAAACAGGAAGUUCAGUUGGCGGGAUGUUGUAACAGCAGGCAAACUUGUGCUCACACACCUGCUUUUAUUGACCUUGGUGUGUAACUGCAGUUACACAGAAAUGGUUGUUAAAAUUCCAGUCAUUGGUGUCGAGCCUAAUUCCAAAAAUCAAAAAGAAUAUAAGGAUUAAAGUUUAAACUCUGCUCCUGUCUCUACUGCAAUAUUUAUUAUUUCCCUUU